CUGGGCUUGUGCAGCCCUGGGGCACCAAGCUGGCACGGGCAGCGUGUCACCAGCAGGGACCCCGAGGGCUCCUGGCCCCCCAAAUGCCCCCGAGCCCAGCCAAGGGCUCCGCAAGGGUGGGGACCCCGAGGGCUUCAGAUGCCACGUCCCAUCCCCGGGGACACAGCGGGACCCCCCCGCACCGCGUGUCCCCACAAAACCGCGCCUCUGCGCCUUGGGGCUGGGCGUUUGCCAAGGGUGGGGCCCCGGGGCGGGUCCCCAAGCUCCCGUCGGGGAUAAAAGGAGCCCGGGGGUGGCCUUGGCGACAGCGAUGGCGAGCUCGUGGAUGCUGCUGCUGGCGGUGUUGGGGGGAGCCUGCGCCCUCCCCGCCCCGGAGCCCUUCGCCUACACCCAGGCGCUGGCCCAGGCUGUGAAUUCCUACAACCAGCGCCCAGAGGUGAAGAAUGCCUUCAGGCUGCUCAGCGCCGAGCCCGAGCCCAACCCGGGCGUGGAGCUGAGCUCGCUGCAGUCAUUCAGCUUCAGCAUGAUGGAGACGGAGUGUGCCGCCAGCGCCCGCAUCGACCCCAAGAACUGCGACUUCAAGGAGAACGGGGUCAUCCUGGAGUGCUUGGCGAUGGUGAAGAUGCAGCAGGAGUCCCCCGAUAUCGACCUGAAAUGCUCCGACGCCUCCUCCGACAUCUCCUCUGACGCCUCCUCUGACAUCUCCUCCGAUGCCUCCUCCGAUGCCUCCUCCGACGCCUCCUCCGACAUCUCCUCCGACGCCUCCACCGACCCGGGUCUGGUCGAGAGUGGCCACAUCGGGCGCUUUGGAAGCGUCAUGAGCAAGGCCUCGCCCAAGUUCGGUUCCUUCCUGCCCCAGGGACCACGCCUCCCCCCCAGACGCCCAGGCUUCCCGCCCCAGCGCCCACGCUUCCCGCCCCAGCGCCCACGCUUCCCACCCCAGCGCCCACCCUACCCGAUCAGGAUCUAA